UUCCCCAUUGUUUGUUGUCAAUGCUGAGGGGCCCUACCGCCCUAGGCUCUAGGCUCUAAGGACGAGAAAUUAUUAGUCCAUUGCUAUAGAUUUGGAGCUUCUGGUUAGUCAAGUUUGGUAUUCAUGCGCAAGUGGUGUGGGUUUCUGGGGGCAAUGAGUAAAAAAGUACAUUUCCCCCUUGGGGCCAUGGAGGUUGAAGCGAUGGCGAUGGAGGAGGGAAUUCAGCUGGCUAGGGACUUAGGACUGAAGGAUAUUGAUAUGGAAAGUAAUGCUCAAAUGGUAGUGUUGGCUGUUGGAGGAACUGACCCAGGCCCGUGCUCAAUACAGAAAAUUGUGGAAGGGGCGAAACAGGGGCUGUCUGCUUUCAGCUCGUGGAGUUGUUCUCAUGUGCGCAGACAGAGCAAUAUGGCUGCUCAUCUUAUGGCUAAGGAAGCUAGUAAUGUACAAGAAUGUCUAAUUUGGGUGGAAGAUACCCCCAGUGUUAUUGUAUCUCAAAUUCAUAUGGAUGUUAUUGCAUUGGACAGUUGUCCUAAGUAAUGAAAGUUAAGUACUGGUUUACUAUCAAAAAAAAAAAAAAGGUGUGGGUUUCUCUUUUUUCUUUCUUUUGUUAGGGUCACGUG